CUUCGGUCUCCCUCCCUCUCUCUUUCAGAGACCAAGAGCCCUUUCGAAAGAAUCGAUCUACGGUCGGAGCUUCACUGUACGCCCUACAUCAGUCGUCGCACAACUCCCUCGGUGACAGCUCCCCCUGAUUCUUGAAUCGCAUCGCCCGCGCUGCUCCCCCCCCGUCAUUCAACGCCUCACGGGUCGUGGAAGCGGUUCGAGAUCCCCAUUUUGAAGCUGCUGCGCUCCAUCACCGCGCGGAAUCGAUAGCGCGUGGAGAAGGCACAGAGUAUCAGAUACCCUGCUGGAUUCUGCUGGCCGAUCGUGGUCGUGGAUUGCCCUCGAUGAGUAAUGAGGUUGCUCCUCCGACUGAGCAGGAUCUUAGCCGCUCAGCUUCAUUAGCUGGCACGAAGGGGAACAAACCACCCGCGCUCGAUACCUCGAACUCCACAGACGCUCCCCACCCUCCGAGUUCAUCGACACAAGCGACUUCGAUCGCCCAGAACACCAUCGCUACCGAAGAGUCCGGGAGAACAGCGGUGACGGCGUCGCAGAACGAGAAGGACUUCUUGAGCGGAGCGGGCGACGUGCAGGAAGUCUCCCAGAAGAACAGGGGGCUCCUUCAUGUUCCAUCUCGAUCCUCUUCUAACAAGAUACAACCAUCGCCGACAUCAACCGGCCUUAGUGGAGCGACUGCUAGUGAUCCGAGGGAGAGCAUAGACGGCAGAUCGAGGGAGUCGAAGAGGAGCAUUCUUGGCAGGCGGCGGAAUGGUAGUGCCACAAGCAGCAGGAUGUCGAUACCACCACGAGGCACCCCAAUAGGUGUUUCUGGGAACGUGAGUACCACAACUACCAAGGUCACUGCACCUCGAUUGUCCAAGAAAAAGGGCAUCUUAUCCUUUCUUUGCUGUGGCGUUCCGGAUCAUGAGAGUGUGGUGGAGUCAAACGAGCCUGCCGCACCAGCCAACAGAGUUGCGAAGGUCCCUGCCAGACGUCCUACCGUAGCCAGCAGGUCAGAGAAGGCUGGGGCAGAGCAACAGAACGAUAUCGUGGCUCAAUCAAAGACGGAAAAGGAGGCUAUUGAACAAACCGAAACGGGCAAUGAUCGAGAUGAUGUAACGGGUCUAGAUUCAGGCAGAACCGUACAGUCUGAAGCGGAUCAGCCAGCAGGGCCUAAUAGGGAACUGAACCUUCCUGGUGAUGCACGUGAUCAACCAUUGCCUGAAUUACCCAAAGAAUCGGGACCAAGCACGAGCUCGGUUGGCCCAUCAGUGGUUAUUCAAGCACCUGCAAGGACAUCGUCGACACGAGCGACUGCGGCACCCGAAUCAAGUGAGGGGCCGAAGGACGAAGAAUGUGAUGUCGCCGUCCAAGAUUCAGAACCUCUGCCAAGCGACACAGAAACAGUCCCAGAUGAUGCCGUUCCUCGGGGAGACGAGGUCGUCCGAGCUGACCUAUCUCUACCACCUGCACCCCAAGCAGAUGGAAGUGAAGAGGCUGUACCAGAGACAGCCGAGGCAAAGCAGCAGUGGUUACUUCCCCCAGUUGCACCGCGGUUUAAGGGGAAGAAGUGUUUGGUUCUCGAUCUCGAUGAGACCUUGGUCCACAGCAGUUUUAAGAUUUUACACCAGGCGGACUUCACAAUCCCCGUUGAGAUAGAAGGACAGUACCACAAUGUCUAUGUUAUCAAGCGACCUGGUGUCGAUCAAUUCAUGAAACGGGUGGGCGAGCUUUAUGAAGUUGUUGUCUUUACCGCUUCAGUCUCCAAGUAUGGGGACCCUCUCCUUGAUCAACUUGAUAUUCAUCAUGUCGUACACCAUCGCCUCUUCCGCGAGAGUUGCUACAAUCAUCAGGGCAACUAUGUCAAAGAUCUGUCACAGGUUGGGCGUGAUCUGAAAGAGACAAUCAUCAUCGACAACUCUCCUACAUCAUACAUCUUCCACCCUCAACAUGCUGUCCCGAUCAGCAGUUGGUUUUCGGAUGCGCACGACAACGAGCUGCUGGAUUUGAUUCCGGUUCUUGAAGACUUAGCUGGCGCGCAGGUGCGAGAUGUCAGCUUAGUCCUCGAUGUCGCCCUCUGAAACACAAGAGCGACCCUGCAUGCAAUACCCUUGCUAUCAUAGCGGCUGGCGUUUGGUUGAUACCUUUGGUUUCAUUGUAGACUGUACUGUUUUAUCUAUUUAAUGGGCAUGGCCGGCCAGCCAGGUCACUCAGAAAGGAGCGGGAAUUGAAGGGGUUAAAAAUUGUGGAAGAGCUGGUGCCUUCGAAGCGGUGGUUUUCUUAUUCAACAAGCAGCAGACCGAGUCUUGAGUCUCAAAAAAAAACGGUACCCAGAGCGGUCCGAUACUUCUUCACCCGAGCAGGACGGGCGAGCGUGGAUAUACUGAC